UACAGUGAGGCUCGUGGCUACCCAAAAGAGUUGCACAAUCUUGUGUUAUUUUACCCACAAGCUGCGUUCCCGUUGACCAAUAGAAGUAUUAUCCUCCUUUCGGGAAAUGUUUUUGCCACGUACAACGUGUUGGACAACAGGCCUACUAUCCUGAAUGACAAGACCCGAUAUUUCCCGAAUCUUCCGGAUGAGCUCCGAUCUGGUGUUCCGAAAAAUCCGAAAAGCGAGGAGGCAUACUGGAUGUUCGACGAGAAAACGGUUUCCGAUUAUGACAUGCCAUCGAAGCAAGUGCUGCAAAUCGAGUCGAUCGACGAUUUCUUUAAAUGUGCCUGA